AUGAAUCGCGCUGCCCUGUCUCCGGACGGCCUCGGAACGGUUCCCACGCUCGUGCUGGGGGCCAAGGUCUACCAGGUAGACCUUGAGAGGAUGGCCGUCCACGUGGAGGACGGGAGGACCUUUGAAGGCGACCUCAUCGUCGCCGCUGACGGCAUACGAUCAGAUGCAGGGACUUCUGUGUUUGGACGCCUCCCAACCGUGAAGACGGGAUUCUCGGCAUAUCGAUGCAUGGUGCCGAGUAAGCGGCUUAGAGACGAUCCAGACACAGCUCCCCUUCUCAAGUGUGCCAAGGUCCUCAUGAUAGUGCAUCCUGAGCGACGGAUCGUCAUCUAUCCAUGCUCAAGCUGGGACACCAUGAACUUUGUCUGUAUCUUCCCUGAUGGCCGAGAUCGCCGCCAGCAGUGGAACAAGGGCGCAUCUACGGAGGAAAUGGUGGAAACAUUUGGCGAUUUUCACCCAGCCGUCGUCAAGAUGCUGUCAAUGGCAGAGGAUACUGGAGUCUGGCAGCUACGAGGCCGCGAUCCCCUAUCGACACUGGUCAAGGGUCACUUUUGCCUCAUCGGUGAUGCCGCACAUGCCAUGGGUCCGCACCAAGGCCAGGGGGCCUGCCAGGCCAUAGAGGGUGCAGAAGCCCUCCGUGUGGUCCUGAAAGGCGCAGAGCUCAGUGACAUUGAAGAACGGCUUCUCAUCUAUGACGAGCUCAGGGUAGAGCGCGUUCGAAGAGUCAUCGAAAACACGAGGAAGAUGGGCCCGAAGAACCGGGAAUACAGCCAAUACAGCGUUGCGUUUUCCGACUAUCACUGGAGCUACAGUAUGACGCCAGAGGCCAUAAGGUUGAUGAACCAGCCCGGAAUCAAGAUGGAGUGUGCGGAUGCAGCCACAGGACAGCUGGUUGUUCUGGAGGGGAAUGAUCUCGGAAACGGAUCUCUCAACUAG